AUGGCAUCGGCUCUUGAUUCGUUUGUCAACAACACCGUGUCAAUUAUAACAGCCGAUGGUCGCAAUUUUGUUGGCACACUUAAAGGAUUCGAUCAAACGAUUAACGUAAUAUUGGACGAAUCACACGAACGUGUGUUCUCAACGGCAAACGGAAUCGAACAAGUCGUUCUUGGGCUGCAUAUCAUUCGCGGUGACAACAUUGCCAUCAUCGGACAAAUAGACGAAGCAAUCGAUAGCCGGCUGGAUUUUCAAGCCAUUCGCAGCGAACCACUCGGUCCAGUCGUUCAUUAAACACAUUUGUUUUAAGUAAUUAGGUAAUACGGAUAGCUUAUUUCAACCACUUUUUUUUCAAUCUUCACAACUUGUGUACACAAUUCAAUGAAAUCUCCGUUUGAUCUAUGAAUUU